UUACGACUUGACACUGCGAGUGCGAGUAGCUAAGCUACUAAACAAUUAAUUACGAGAACAAACGAGUGGAAGAUGUCGAGAGACGAGCCCUCGAUAUGUGUGCUGCGGAAACUGGUGCUCGAUGGAUUCCUCAUUGCUGGAUUGACCGUAUGCCUGUUUGCGAUGAAGCUGCUAUGGGAGCCGUUUAGCCGAGGGUUCUUCUGCGACGACGAAUCCCUCAAGUACCCCUACCACGACAACACAGUUACCACGCCCAUGCUGAGGUUAUUUGGACUGGGGCUGCCCUUUCUAGUUAUAUUGGUCUGUGAAUGGAUAAUCCUGCGCAAAGAACCCAGUGAUACAAAAGUAUUCGGCUUGAGCAUUCCGACCUGGAUUCGUGGGCUGUACUGCACAGUGGUGGCCUUCGGCCUCGGCGCCUUGUUCGUUGAAUUAGCCACAGAGAUCGCCAAGCAUGUCAUCGGGAGACUCAGACCUCACUUCUUUGAUCUAUGCCGGCCGUCGAUCGACUGCAGCUUAGCAGAAUGGCGCGGCCGCUACGUCCUGCCCUCGGAAUACUACUGCACCGGCAACAGCAGCCAGAUUGACGACAUGCGAAAGUCCUUCCUCAGCGGACAUUCGUCCUUCGCGGCCUACACCAUGGUCUUCGUGGCUCUGUACCUCGAGCGGCGCAUGACCUGGCGAGGGACCCGCGUCCUCCGGCACUCUCUUCAGUUCUCCGCUCUCAUGAUCUCUUGGUUCACCGCGCUCUCUCGAGUGUCGGACUACAAGCAUCACUGGAGCGACGUGCUGGCUGGCUACAGCUUGGGCGUCGUCUUCGCUAUACUCGUGGUGUACUGUGGUAUAGACCUGGUGCAGAAGAAGAAGAACCAUAUCAUCGUGCCUCAAAACGAUGUGUAUGUCAUCGGACCGACUCACGCGUAGAAGACCCUUAAAGAACAAGUCUUAGUGCCACUUGCAC